AUGGGGAAUUCAUCUGCAGAGACUAAAUUCAUCCUUCUUGGAAUGACAGCUAACCAUCAGCUUACACUCCCACUGUUUGGAAUCUUUUUUGUUAUUUAUUUCAUCACUGUGCUGGGGAACCUAGGCCUGGUGGUACUGAUUCACGUCAGCCACCGUCUCCACACACCUAUGUACUUUUUUCUCUCAAAUUUGUCCUUCCUCGAUGUCUGUUUCUCUUCCAUCACAACACCAAAGACUCUAACUAACUUAUUAUCUCAGCUACAAGAAGUUUCUUUCUUUGCAUGUAUGUCUCAGAUGGGCUUGUUCAUAAUCUUCGCUUCUGCUGAAUGUAAUGUUUGGGCUUCCAUGGCCUAUGACCGUUAUACUGCCAUUUGUCGGCCAUUGCUUUACCAUAUUACCAUGUCGAGAGGUCGUUGUCUCCUUUUGGUAGCAGGAUGUUACUUUGGUGGGUUACUUAACAUGGUUGCUGUAACAAGCUCUUUCACACAACUAUCAUUCUGCCAGCCACACAUUAUCUCACACUUUUUCUGUGAUAUCCCCCCACUGCUGGCAUUGGCUUGUUCUGAUCCCUGGGUAACCCAGAUCUUGGUUGUUGGCUGUGGGGGAUUCACCCUUAUCACCUCAGUUGUGGUAAUUCUUGUCUCUUACAUGUCUAUAUUCAAGACUGUCAUGGAUAUCCCUUCAGUUUCUGGCAAGCAGAAAGCCUUCUCCACCUGUGCCUCCCACUUGACUGCAGUUGCUCUGUAUUACGGAACCACUAUGUACACAUACUUACAACCCUCCCAGCAUGGGUCACAAGCAGGAAAUCAGAUGGUCUCAGUGUUUUAUACCAUGGUCAUCCCUAUGUUAAAUCCUCUCAUAUACAGUUUGAGAAAUCAGGAAGUGAAAGCUGCCCUAAAACAAAUAAUGAGGCACAGUCUCUUAUCUAGUUUGUGUCUCAAGAGAUAA